AUGGUCAUCUCAAGAUCACAAGGGCAUGGUGCAGCACAUGCUCGACGCAUCAGAGACUGGCUACACACCUUUCUGAUCACCCAACAACUCCCUGUUCAUCGCAUCGGCCAACCAAACACCUCCCUUCUUGAUGACAAGGAUUUUGCACUUGCCAUCAAGCUUCAUUUGCAGUCGCUUGCCGGAAAGCAGCAACACUUUUGUGCGCAGGAUGUUGUGGAUUUUGUUGAGACGGAUGAGAUGCAGGAGAAGAUGAAUAAGGCAGGUUUCCCACGCCGUACAAUCUCGGUGCGAACAGCAUGCCGGUGGUUGAAGCAACUUGACUGGCGUUUCGGACGGCGGAAGAAUGGGAUGUAUAUUGAUGGCCACGAAAGGGAGGAUGUUGUUGAAUAUCGCAAGGCAUUUGUGAAGAGGUGGAUGGAGGAGUACGAGCCAAGGAUGGUCAUAUACGACAAUGAUGGGAAUGUGGUGAAGACACCGGAGGGCUUUGUUCUCCAGGGGAAAUAUGCGGGCCAGCGGUUCCGUGUUCUUCUUGUCACUCACGACGAAUCAACAUUUUAUGCAAAUGAUUGGCGGCAAACUGCCUGGCUUCACACAUCGUCGAAAGCCACACCUCAGCCCAAAGGCGAGGGCGAGUCAAUGAUGGUGUCGGAUUUUCUCGUGCCUGAAUGGGGUCGUCUCAGGACUGAAGACAGGUCAAUUCAUUUGUUUACACUUCUUCUCAUGCUCACGGGUUGUACUAGUGAUGCGCGUCUAUUCUUUUGGGCGGGUAAAAAUCGAGAUGGCUAUUUUACGUCUUUUGAGCUACUCGCCCAAGUUGACCGAGCCAUUGACAUUUUUGAGGAGAAAACCAACGGUUUUGCCACUGGCCUCUUCAUGUUUGACAAUGCCCCCAGUCAUCAAAAACAAGCACCCGACGCACUGUCUGCCCGGCGAAUGCCGAAGAACCCACAUCCGGAUUGGACAAGUGCCCCAGGUGCACCUCAAAUGCGUCCAGGGCAACUGCCGGAUGGUUCUCCACAGCAAUUGUACCACCCUGAUGACCACCCCACCAUGCCGGGAUGGUUCAAGGGCAUGGAGCAGAUCUUGAGGGAACGCGAGCUUUGGCAGGAUGGUCUUAAGGCCCAGUGUGCAGGUUUCAAGUGCAAGCCCAGCCAAACUGAUUGCUGCUGUUGCCGGAUCCUGUUUAACCAGGCUGAUUUUAUCAACCAGAAAUCAGCCCUGCAAGAACUCGUUGAAUCGCGUGGGCACAUUUGCGACUUCUAUCCAAAAUACCAUUGUGAGUUGAAUUUUAUUGAGAUGUACUGGGAUGCGGCAAAGUUCCAAUAUCGGAACACUGCCAAGACCUGCAGUUCUAGUGCCAUGGAGAAGAAUGUAAAGGCAUGCCUAGAUUCUAUUAUUUGUUUGACCUUCUGCAUACGCAGAUAUGCUAACCGUGCAGCACGCUUUAUCUCAGCAUAUGCGGGAGGGCUCACUGGGGCAGAACUUGCAUGGGUUAAUCGGAAGUAUUCAGGCCAUCGUAUACUCCCUCAAUUCAUGAUCAAUGAGGUCAAAGCAUCUCUCGGCUACAUAUAA